CGGACCCCAGGUUUUGAUCAACCUAGACCACGGUUGAGUCAACGCUCGGUGAGCUUCACCUCACGUCCCCACUACCCGGCUAGUUUCUCGAUUAACUACCCCGUCUGUCUCUCGAUAUUACCUCGGCCGAUUUCCUUAUCGACGUUGAAGGUGGACAACUAUAAUGGCCGAUUACGGGUCGAAGAAGAUCGAAGACGAGCACAAGGAUGCGACACAGGACAUUCCCUCGAUCCAUGAAGCGCCUAUCAGUGUGCUUGAGGAGGGGUCUCUGGAUCCGGAGUAUCAAGCCAAGGCGAAAGUUCUAAACAAAGCGAUUCAGGAUAUUGGUAUGGGGAGGUAUCAGUGGCAGCUCUUCGUCGUCAUCGGGUUCGGGUGGGCGAUGGAUAAUCUAUGGCCCAUCGUCACAUCCCUCAUUUUCACACCAGUCAAAAACGAAUUCAGACCCAAAUACGGCCCGCUCCUUAGCCUGGCGCAAAACAUCGGUCUCCUCUUCGGGGCCGUCUUCUGGGGCUUUGGAUGCGACAUCUUUGGCCGACGAUGGGCCUUCAACCUCACCAUCGGUAUCACUGCCGUGUUCGGGAUGAUUGCAGCAAGCAGCCCCAACUUCGCUGCUAUAGGCACGUUCGCUGCGCUAUGGUCUGUCGGUGUCGGAGGUAACCUCCCUGUCGAUUCUGCAAUCUUUUUGGAGUUCUUGCCGGGAUCGCAUCAGUAUCUCCUUACCAUUCUGUCGAUUAACUGGGCACUUGCGCAAGUCUUUGCCACGCUUAUUGCGUGGCCGUUGCUGGGGAAUUACACAUGCCAGCAAACGGAUAAGAACUGUACUAGAGGGGAAAAUAUGGGGUGGCGCUACUUUAUCCUCGUGAUGGGAGCAACUGCUUUAGUCAUGUUCCUUCUACGCUUCGUCUGCUUCACAGUCUACGAAUCGCCAAAGUUCCUCAUGGGCAAGGGCAGAGAUGAAGAGGCGGUCCGCGUAGUUCACGAGGUAGCCCGUCGAAACGGCAAAACGUCGACACUAACACUGGAGGACUUGGAAGUCUGCAACAACCUCGCCAUCGGAGGGCUAACAGCCCAUCAGCAGACCACGGCCGCCGCAGUUGUGAAGCGCAACCUCCAAAAGCUCGACUCCUCACACGUGAAAGCGUUGUUUGCCACAAAGAGACUUGCUCUUUCUACUAGCCUUAUGACAUUGAUAUGGGCAAGCCUGGGACUGGCCUACCCGUUGUACAACAGUUUCCUCCCGUUUAUUCAGGCUACCCGUGGCGCCGAUUUUGGGGACGGCAGCACCUACCUCACUUACCGCAACAGUCUCAUCAUCGCCGUGUUGGGCGUCCCGGGAUGCUUGCUGGGCGGCCUGCUCGUCGAAACACCACGCAUAGGCCGAAAAGGAGCUCUCGCCGCAUCCACCGUCCUUACCGGUGUCUUCUUGUUCUGCUCCACCACCGCACUCAACUCCAACAGUCUUCUAGGAUGGAACUGUGCUUUCAACUUCUUUUCGAAUAUUAUGUAUGCAGUUCUGUAUGCGUAUACGCCAGAGUUAUUCCCAACAAAGGACAGAGGUACGGGCAAUGCGAUCACAGCCAGCGCGAACAGGAUUUUUGGUAUCAUGGCACCAAUCAUCGCCAUGUUUGCAAACCUAGAGACGAGUGCUCCAGUCUAUGUUUCUGGGGCAUUAUUCAUCGCGGCCGGAUCAUUGGUGCUGCUUCUGCCUUUCGAGAGUCGGGGGAAGGCUAGCUUGUAGGGAAGCUGGGGACAGAUACGAGCGAUCUAGCUUUUCGAUGGUGGUAUGAGGCAACUUCCUACACUCUGAGAGUUUCUAACUCGUGCUGAGAUACUUUGGUUGCAACACGAGACAUAUUUUGGGUUUAGAUCAGAGGGUAGUGUCCAUAUGCAUAGUUCUUACUUGGAUAAAUACCCAUAAGGUAAAAUUGAAACACGGGCCUUGAUUAUCGACUCCAUUAGAAGUAGU